CAAAAGCAUUCUCUUUGAUUCUGGUAACAUUUUUUGUAGUUUUGUUUUUGUUUUGGUAUUAUUUGGAUCGGGUCCAAUGAGAUCACAUGUGUAAGGUAUAAUUUAGUUAUCAAAUUCAGUUUGGAUACUUGGACAGUGGACUGACACAUGCUACAAAAUAAAUUUAGAAAGGAUUCAGUAAGAAAAAUAGAGAUAUCUCCCAAGUCUUGCCUCGAUCCCUGAACAUGAACAUGGAAACCAAUGUAAGCGAUACCAAUCUCCGGUGCACACAGUCGACAGAAAUUCGCCGGAGAAAUAGAAUCAUAUUGUUUCCCCUACCUUUCCAAGGUCAUAUCAAUCCCAUGCUUCAGUUAGCAAACAUUCUUCACACCCAAGGUUUUAAAAUCACCAUCAUACACACCGAAUACAACUCCCCCAAUCAUUCAAACUAUCCUCACUUUGCCUUCAAAUCCAUCUCGGACCGAUUCUUUGAGAUUGAAAGCCAAUUGGCAACGAAGGUAGACGCAGACCCCGCCUAUUUCGUGAAGUACCUUAACAGAAGCUGUGUGGAACCGUUUCGGGAGUGUCUGGGUGGGUUGUUGGCGGAAUACGGUGAGGGAUCGAUUGCUUGUCUGAUUACAGAUGCCGUAUUUUGUUUCACGCAGGCGGUGGCAGACUCCGUUAAACUCCCUCGGAUGGUCAUCCGAACAAGCAGUCCAGCUUGCAUCCUUGCUUGGGGCGCUUUACCCUUUUCCUCUCAAAAUGGUUACUUUAACCUUACAAAACAAGAUUCAAACUAUGAGGAAUCGGUGCCGGAAUAUCCAAUUAUGAAAUUCAAAGACGUCUCAAAGAUGACAACCAACCCAGAAAGUAUGAGGAACCUUGUCACGGACAUGCUUAGCCAUAUGAAGGCUUCAUCAGGUCUCAUUUGGAACACAUUCAAAGAACUCGAAGAACCUGCACUAGAAACCAUUCGACAAGAAUUUUCAGUUCCAAACUUCGCUUUAGGUCCUUUCCAUAAGUACUUCUCGGCAUCCUCAAGCAGCUUAAUCGAACAAGACAGAACUGUUCUAUCAUGGCUAGAUACCCAAGCCCCCAAGUCAGUAAUAUACAUAAGCUUUGGGAGCAUUGCACAUAUAAGUGAAUCAGAAUUUCAAGAAGUUGCUCAUGGAUUAGCAAAUACGGGUUUCCCAUUUUUGUGGGUGGUUAGACCGGGGGUAGUUCCUGGUUCAAAAUGGGUCGAGUCAUUGCCUGAAAAGUUCCUAGAAAGAGUGGGUGAUAGGGGACGCAUAGUGAAAUGGGCUCCUCAACAAGACGUACUAGCUCAUCUAGCAACCGGGUGUUUUUGGAGUCAUUGUGGAUGGAAUUCAACGUUGGAGAGCAUAUGUGAAGGAGUUCCCAUGAUUUGUUCUCCUUCUUUUGGCGACCAACCAUUAAACGCAAGAUAUGUGAGUGAUGUAUGGAAGAUUGGUGUUUUACUAGAGGAUGGGUUUGACAGGGUGGGGAUUCAAAUGGUGCUUCAAAGAGUAAUGGUGGAUAAAGAAGGAGAAGAAAUGCGGGAGAGAAUAAUUAGUCUCAAAGAGAAGGUAAAUCUCUCUCUUGAUGAAGGUGGGUCGUCUCAGAAGUCAUUGAAAGGCUUAGUGGAUUAUAUCUUAUCAUUUUGAUCUAUAAAAAAUCACAUGCAAUAUAAUUCCUUGUAUUCAAGACCAACUAAACUUUUGUUACAACAUGAAACUUGAAGGGUUUUUUUUCAAAACAGGGUUUGAAGUUUGUUUGUUUUAAUUUUUUUCUAAGUUGGUAACCGAUUUGAAGUCAAAAUGGAUUUACUAAUAAAGUUGGUAAUCAAUUAAUGCA